CGGGCUAAAAGAUAUCUGCAGCAAGGUUGGGUGUGAGGCGAAAGGAUUGCAUGCUGGUCUGCAGCUGCUGAGAGGAAAGAGACAGCAUUGAGUGGCAAUUCCAAGAUGGCGACAACUUUAACAGCCAGAGAAAUCCGUCAACGAUUUAUCAAUUUCUUUGUGGAGAACCACCAUACCUAUGUCCACUCUUCUGCCACCAUCCCCCUGGAUGACCCAACUUUACUCUUUGCCAAUGCGGGCAUGAAUCAGUUCAAACCCAUCUUCCUCAACACUAUUGACCCCACUCACCCCAUGGCAAAACUAACGCGAGCGGCCAACACUCAGAAGUGUAUUCGUGCUGGUGGGAAGCACAAUGACUUGGAUGAUGUUGGCAAAGACGUCUAUCACCACACUUUCUUUGAGAUGCUGGGCUCCUGGUCUUUUGGAGAUUACUUCAAGGAAUUGGCCUGCAAAUUUGCCCUGGACCUGCUCACCAAAGAGUUUGGCAUCCCUAUUGAGAGGCUGUACGUCACAUACUUUGGUGGGAACGAGGCAGCUGGUCUGCAGCCAGAUUUAGAUUGCAAACAAAUCUGGCUGGAUUUAGGUCUUCCAGAGAGCAGGAUUCUUCCAGGCAGCAUGAAGGAUAACUUCUGGGAAAUGGGAGAUACAGGACCAUGUGGACCUUGCAGUGAGAUGCACUAUGACAGGAUUGGGGACCGAGAUGCUUCACACCUUGUCAAUCAAGAUGAUCCUAAUGUUCUGGAGAUAUGGAACCUGGUGUUCAUACAAUUCAACAGAGAGGCUGAUGGGACCCUGAAACCUCUUCCCAAGAAAAGCAUUGAUACUGGCAUGGGCCUAGAGAGGCUGGUGUCUGUGUUACAGAACAAGAUGUCCAACUAUGAUACAGAUCUCUUUGUGCCUUACUUUGAGGCUAUCCAAAAGGGCACUGGCUGCAGACCAUACAGUGGGCAGGUUGGUGAGGAUGAUGUAGAUGGCAUAGACAUGGCGUAUCGUGUACUUGCUGACCAUGCCCGGACCAUCACUGUGGCCCUUUCAGAUGGUGGAAGGCCUGACAACACUGGGAGGGGGUAUGUUCUGAGGCGCAUUCUUCGCCGUGCAGUGCGGUAUGCCCAUGAGAAACUCAAUGCACCCAAAGGUUUCUUUGCCACAUUGGUUGAUGUAGUAGUAGAAUCCCUGGGUGGUGCUUUUCCUGAACUGAAAAAAGACCCAGAGAUGGUGAAAGAUAUUAUCAAUGAAGAGGAGGUUCAGUUCUUGAAGACACUCAAUAGAGGCCGACGCAUACUUGAUAGGAAAAUUCAGAGCUUGGGGAAUAACAAAAUUAUUCCUGGAGAUACUGCCUGGUUGCUUUAUGAUACCUAUGGUUUCCCUGUGGAUCUGACCGGGCUCAUUGCAGAAGAGAAGGGCCUCAAGGUUGACAUGGAGGGUUUUGAAGAGGAGAGGAAGACUGCACAGCUGAAGUCCCAGGGCAAGGGAGGAGGUGAUGAAGAUCUCAUCAUGUUGGACAUCUAUGCUAUUGAGGAACUCCGCUCCAAGGGGCAGGAAGCCACAGAUGACUCUCUGAAAUACAACUACUCAUCUGAUCCCAGUGGCACCUAUGAGUUUGACAGCCCUGUGGCCACCGUGAAAGCCCUUCGUCGGGAGAAGAUGUUUGUGGAUGAGGUGUCUACAGGCCAAGAAUGUGGGGUUGUGCUGGACCGGACAUGCUUUUAUGCUGAGCAGGGAGGACAGAUCUAUGAUGAAGGCUAUCUUGUUAAGGAGGACGAAAGCAGUGAAGAUAAGACAGAAUUUACAGUGAAAAAUGUACAAGUGCGUGGAGGUUAUGUUCUCCAUGUGGGCACAAUCUAUGGGAGCUUGAAGGUGGGAGACACUGUACGAUUGUACAUUGAUGAACCAAGGAGAAGGCCUGUCAUGAGCAACCACACAGCCACCCACAUCCUCAAUUUUGCCUUACGUGGUGUGCUGGGGGAAGCUGACCAGCGAGGGUCCUUGGUUGCUCCAGACAGACUUCGGUUUGAUUUCACAGCCAAAGGAGCUAUGUCUACUCAACAAAUCAAGAAAGCAGAAGAGAUUGCCAAUAAGAUGAUCCAGGAAGCAAAGGUGGUAUAUGCCAAGGAUUGCCCGCUGGCAUCUGCCAAAGCCAUCCAGGGUUUACGAGCAGUAUUUGAUGAGACUUACCCUGACCCUGUCCGCGUUGUCUCAAUUGGCAUACCCAUUGAGGACAUGCUGGCUGAUCCUUCUAGUGCCGCAGGGGCAAUCACAUCUGUUGAGUUCUGUGGAGGGACGCAUUUGCAGAACUCCAGCCAUGCUGGCCACUUUGUAAUUGUGUCAGAGGAAGCCAUUGCUAAGGGCAUCCGGAGAAUAGUGGCAGUGACUGGAGUAGAAGCCCAGAAGGCACUGAGAAAAGUGGACAGUCUUAAAAAGCUGCUUGCUGAUCUGGAAGUCAAGGUGAAGAUUCAGACUGCUCCCAACAAAGAUGUCCAGCGUGAGAUUGCAGACCUUGGCGAGACCCUGGCCACUGCUGUCAUUCCCCAAUGGCAGAAAGAUGAACUCAGAGAGUCCCUCAAAGCACUAAAGAAGAUUAUGGAUGAUCUAGAUCGUACCUACAAAGCUGACAUCCAGAAACGAGUUCUUGACAAGACAAGACAGCUUAUUGAGGCUCAUCCUAACCAGCCACUGGUCAUUUUGGAAAUGGAGAGUGGAGCCUCUGCAAAGGCACUGAAUGAAUCCUUGAAGCUCUUGAAGACCCAUUCACCUGAGACAGCAGCCAUGCUUUUCACAGUGGAUAAUGAAGCUGGCAAAAUCACCUGUUUAUGCCAAGUUCCUCAGGAUGUUGUCGGUAAAGGCCUAAAGGCUAGUGAAUGGGUUCAACAGGUAUCAGGUCUGAUGGAUGGCAAAGGGGGUGGGAAAGACCUCUCAGCCCAGGCAACAGGCAAAAACACUGACUGCCUCAUGGACGCCCUGAAGGUGGCCACGGACUUUGCCAAGCUCAAACUGGGUGAGCUGAAGAACUGAAUCCAGUCUGAGUGAGAAAAUUCAAGAAGGGAAGCCUUUUCAGUCCAUAGGAUAGAAGUUUAGUGGUCUCUGUGGAAACAAAGCUUGCGCAUUGUUGUCCUUCUAAACUCAUCGGCUCAGGCAGUAACCAAGCAAAGUGGCUAUGUAAGGCAACCUGAACACAGAAUGUGAGACCCAAUGACUGCACAAGUUCUAAUCUAGAUGUGUUAAUAAUUGAGGCAUCUUAGGGUGCCUGCUGUCAAAUAAUAGUCCUCCUUUUUGCACAUGUGUGUCACUACUUCCUGACGUUCUAAAACUAAAUAUCUUUGUACACUUUAAAGGGGGACAUUGUCUACAAAUUCUAUCCAUGCUCAAGCACUUGAGAUUUUCAGCAUGUGCAGGAGUGAGCAUCAAAGCUGCUAUCAUCUCAUCCCUUGUGUCUGUAACUGUGGAAGCUUUUCCCUCUGUUCAUAGUAUUAACCUCUGUUGUAGCAAAACCUGAGCCAGACUGUGCCCUGGUGUGAAGAGUUGUGGUUAACUAGGUUCCAUGCUGAAUAAACAGAUGCAAUGUACUUAAGUGAGUGAGUUGCUACUGAAACAAAA